AUGGUGCUUGCGCGCCAACUAUGCACUUGUCUGCUUGUCGGGCUCGUGGCCGGCCAACAGUCCCAAGAUAACGCCGAUCCGAUCGCCGUCCGAUUCGCCAAGAGCUACAUUGUGGAAUUCGCGGAUGAAGAAAAUACCCUGCAAGCGGUGCCUGCGGUCGCCCAUGUCGUCACUGGAGUCGACAAGGUGCAUGAGAAGGGAAUCUAUGGCAACGGAGUAAAGAUUGGAGUCGUGGACACAGGAAUUUGGUACAAUCACAAUGCUCUCGGCGGUGGCUUUGGGGAGGGCUUCAAGGUUGCUGGAGGGUACGACUUCGUUGGUGAUCAGUAUUGGCCAUUUGUUGGCUAUGAGAAAGAGCCCGACGAAGAUCCAUUGGACCUGCUCGGACACGGCACUCAUGUGGCCGGUAUCAUUGCUGGCAAGACAGAAGACUUCGUUGGAGUAGCUCCCGACGCCACUCUUUACGCCUACAAGGUCAUGUCUCGUCAGGGCUCUACCGAUGCGGCCACUCUCAUCGAAUCGUUUCUAGCAGCAUUCAACGAUGGGGUUGAUAUCAUCACCUCAAGCAUAGGAGGCUCAAGCGGCUGGGCUGAAGAGGCCUGGGCCGUAGUUGCAUCUCGCCUGGUCGAACAAGGCAUCGUCGUGACCAUCUCAGCUGCAAACUCCGGGUCCAUAGGGCCGUUCUACGGCAGCAGUGGCUCGUCGGGCAAGAAUGUCCUCGCAAUUGCGUCGGCUGAUGCUCCGGCUGUCAACACUACUCGCGCGUCCUCUUUCACCUCUUGGGGCUUGCUGAAUGAUCUUAGCGUUAAGCCCGACAUCACAGCUCCCGGUGGCUCGAUCUACAGCACUUACCUUGACAACGGAUGGACUGUCAUGUCGGGGACUAGCAUGAGCUGUCCAUACGUUGCAGGCGUCGCUGCACUCUACAUAAGUGCUUUCGGAGGCCGGGAAGUGCAUGGGAAAGAUUUUGCAUUGAAUCUGGGCAAACAAAUCAUUGCCAGCGGAAAUGUGCUCGCUUACCACGACGGGGCAUACACCGACCUCCCGGCACCGGUGCCUCAGGUAGGCAAUGGUCUCGUUGAUGCUUUCAAGCUACUUCACUCCAAUACGACACUGGAUUUCGAUCCCAUCGCUUUGAACGACACAGUCAAUUUCAGAGGGGACCAUACGAUUACUGUCAGUAACCGGGGCUCUGAUGAUGUCACGUAUCAUACAUCUCUUCAGGAUGCCUAUGGGGUUGAAACAUUGCUGCUGGAUACCGCCAAUGGCGACAAGACAGUGCGACGCUUGUCAGAUUUGGCGCCCCGAAAGCUCGAAGUUGACGUCAGCUUACCCGAGGAUUUCACGCUCAAGCCAGGAGAAGAGAAAGCCAUACCUGGAAAGAUCUUGAUCUCGGGAGACAACGGUGACGAGCUCUCCGUACCCUACGCAGGUCAGGCUUCGUGGUGA